AUGUCUAAAGGGACCAAAGUGCAUGAUGUAGCCGCCAGUGGGUUCAGUGAGGGGACCAAUGAUUUGUACGACAAAUCACGUCCUUCAUACCCUUCUUCAGCCCUUUGGACAGUAUCAUCAGCUUUCCCUCCUCGUUCAAACCUCACAAUCCUCGAACCAGGAUCAGGAACUGGUAUUUUCUCACGUAUACUUAUCUCACCACCUACAUCUGAUUAUCCUAAAAUACCUAUCAAAAGAUUGAUCGGUGUUGAACCUUCUGAAGGUAUGAGAAACGCUUGGUUUAGAGGAUUAGAACGUAUUCCUAAAACUUUGUUAGAAGGUAAAGAAGUUAAAUGUGUACAAGGUAGUUUUGAUGAUUUUUCAAAAACCGGUGUGGAAAAAGGAGAAGUGGAUGGGAUCGUUAUUGCUCAAGCUUGGCAUUGGUGUCCAGAUCAUGAAAAAGCUUUGACGGAAAUCUUAGAUUACCUAAAACCAGAUGGAGUACUCGUAUUCGUAUGGAAUAUAGAAUCCAACGAAUUAGGUUGGUUCCGUUCUCUAAGAGAAUUAUACGAACCACUCGAUUUAGGUUCUCCUCAAUAUUAUCGUGGUUUAUGGAGACAAACUUUUGAGGCGAAAACGUAUAAGAAUGGUUUUCAACCUCCUGAAAUGGGAACUAGUGAAUGGGAAAUGGUGAUGGAUGAAGAUAUGUUGGUACAGAGAUUAUUUAGUAAAUCUUAUCUCACUGAAAAACACUUGAACGGUCAACGUAGGAUUGAUUUCGAAAAAGAAUUGAGACGUUUGAUCAGGGAAGGGGAUAAGCAAUGGGUAGAUAAAGAAAAAGGUACUUUCAUCUAUCGCUACAACACCGACACGGUGGUCAUGCGACGUAAACAAACCGCAUGA